UUGAGUUACCUGCGUGCGUGCAGUGUGUGAUUUACGGUCUCGCCGGCCGCCAACCUGCAACCGUUGUUGUCGUCGUCGUCGUCGUCGUCCGCGUUCGCGUGGUCCGAGUGUGUGCGCGCGCGCUGUGUGUUCAAAAUUUUGCGCGGAACUUUUUUUUGUUUUUGUUUUUUGUCUGCUACUAAAAGUGCGUCGUAUACUUUGCAAAAGACGCGGCCCAAGAAAUCCUUUUUCGACGCACACGCUGCACGUAGUAUAAUAUUAGUAAAUACCUACUUACACGUUAUAAUAGUGUCGGUCUCGACGUAAGAAAAUACAUAUUUUUUUUCAAAUUUUAUUUUAUCUGAGUUUUGGAUUACACUUAGCGACGUGUCUCAAACGCACUCGCCGUCUUCUGGUUCACGCUCACCGGUCAUGUGGAACAAAUCGUCAGGCGUAAAAACGUUUAAUCAACGUGACUGUCAGCCAUCAUAUACAUAUUUGCAGCAGACGCGGUUUAAUGGAUAUCGACGCACAUAAUUCAGACGAGCCAAGUCGGUGCACGAUGUACCAAAUUGAAUUAUUGCCGUCUCGUCUCUUGUUUACAUACGACAGUUGUUCAUACGUCAGUUCGGACAUGCGUGUUUCCGCGUUGAAAAUGUGAUUGGGUGCACAACCUACAGGUGGAAUACCGUUUGGACAUAAAUCCUAUUUCACAAUAUUAUGGACGUUGCGUCCACCGAUUACCUUAAGACUGCACUGUAUUCGGGAGACAACGGCCCGGACACGGGUAACCGAGACAGCCUCCGACUAAUGGAGCUUGGGCUCCACCUGGAGACCCUUCACGACGGAUCACAUCGGAUCAACACGUCAGUGGAUCAUUUGCUGAACGACCCGUCUCUGUCAGAGAGGAACAACAACGAAUUCACAUUCGCAAACAACAACAAUAACAACAGCAACAACAACAACAACAAUAACAACAACAGUUUUGAGACGAUUAUUAGCGGUGACCACGGUUUUGACUUGGACUGCGCGCCCAGCUCGUUCGCCGACAAGUCAGACAUAGUUGACCAAUGGCGGACGUUAAACACGGAUGGAGCCAUCUACACGGUGGAAGUGGUGAACAACUCGGACGGCGGCGUCGGCGAACCACUGUGGUGCAUGCCUGCACUCACCGAGCACCACCAGGACACCAACGCGGUGAGCAACUUCGACGAGACGCUCUUGUCGAUGAACGGCGCCGAGUCCACAGACCCGGUAGGCACUGGCAGGUACAUCAAACAGGACUCUUUGCGGGAGUACAUCAAACAGGAACCGUUGACGGAGUACAUCAAACAAACAGAACCGCUGCAGGAUUACAUCAAACAGGAUUCUGCAGAGUAUACAGGUGAUGAGCUUCUCCGGAACGCAUUGCUGGGCAAAACCAAUCAUAACCACCACCAGAGGUACGGCGACAAGGACGUCAAACCAUCGGUGUCGACCGCGUCGGACAGCCAAAACUCGUCGCCGGGACCGCAGUCCAUGCAAGAUGUCACGUCGUACCCGUCGACAUCCACCGUGGAUAUGCAAGACGUGCUAGCAACGACUAGCAACUGCAGCAACGGCAUCAACGGCAACACGAUCGUCAUGAUCGACGACGACAUGCCGUCGAUGUCGCUAUUGGUGGCCGGCGACGGGGCCUCAGCACAGAACGUCGAUGAUCUCCUCUUGCCAGACUUUGACUUCCAAUACAUCGAUGGCCUGGACAGCGACAUGUCUCAGUCGUUCCAGCAGUACUGCCCCACUAGUCAGGGGUUCGUAUCCUUCAUCGCCGCAGAGGUGGCGAACAUAUCGCAAAUCCCGGCCACGGUAGUGCUGGACCACCGGGAACUGGAACAGGUGUCAACAUCAUCUUCGUCGUCCCCGCCUGUUCGGCCAGCUAAAAAAUACAACCGUCGUUCACACCACGCUAACGGCAAGACGAAACAGUCGGCCGGCGGCGGCACCGGAACGUCAAUCGCUGGUUCCGGCGGUGGAGGACCGUCCUCGGUGUCAGGUGACGACCAGCCGGCCGGGCACCCACCCGCCAAGAAAGAACGGUCGCUACACCACUGUCACAUAUGCAGUAAAGGCUUCAAAGACAAGUACUCGGUGAACGUUCACAUACGCACCCACACCGGUGAAAAGCCGUUCAUGUGCACCGUGUGUGGCAAGAGCUUCCGGCAAAAGGCUCACCUGGCCAAACACCAGCACACACACACCACGCCUGCCAAACCGGCGCAAUCGUUAUCGUCUGUCACGCAAUCCGUUAAAGGCAGUGGCGGUGGCAGCCGAAGGUCCACGUCCAGAUAGCCCGGACUGCGGCCGACUAUCACCACCGAGUCACCGUCAUCACCAUCGCCACACUCACCAACGACACUACCACCAUUUACCACCAAUCAUAUACCAAUACCAACGUCCAAAACCACCACCACCAUUGACCUCUGACCUAUCAUUCCUACAGCUUCCCGGAAACGCGCCGAAAACGAACGAUGAAAAAAUCGGACGUAUUCCUCAUCCGCGGAGUUGUACUUACAUCCGUUUUGUGCGCAUAGCGUGCAAAAUAUUAUUAUUAUUAUGAUUAUUAUACGUAUAUAAAGGCGAUCUUCGUGUGUGUGGUACGAUACGCACACGCCACACACGCGAGCUUUAUUUCGACGACUCGGCCAAUCUUUUUCUCCACCCGGAGAAAUCGUUUCUAAUGUGAUGAUUGAUAAGUUAACCUCAUUAAAAAAUAAUAUUAAUGUAAUAUAAUCGCUUUACGAAUCAAAAUAUUCAAGAGUAUUGUUUUUUUUUUAUGUGUAACUUUUUUUUUAUUAUAAUUUUUAAGUUUAUAUACGCCGUGUACAUGAUAUAAUAUUUUUCUACGUUAUAAUAAGAUUUACAUUUUUUAAAAACGAUUAAUUAUAACACAAACACACACACACGUUUAUACCUAACAUAUUACGUAUAUAUCGAUACUGAAUACAUAUGUAGGUUUAUAAAUAUUCGAUCUAUAUUUAUAAAAUAAAAUUAUCGUGUACUAUUCCGUCCUGAGGCCUGUGAUAGAAACGAACACAUUGCAGCUAUAAUAAUGUUGCGAAACGAUAUCGAUGUAAUAUUAUUUAGUCACGUUUUUGUGUAUUAUAAAAUAAAUAUAUUAUAUUAUUAUUAUUUUGUUGUUAUAAAAAUGUUUAGUUUUUAUGUUGUAUUCGUUUUAAUAUGCGUGUUAUAGGUAUUCCUAAAGAUUACCUUGACACCGGACUUUAAUUAUUAAGUUAUCAUAUUAAUUAUAUACUAAGUGUGUGUAUGUACGAAAGCAAAAUAAAUUUUAAAAUAAAACUAGGUAAUUUAUUCGUGUUACAUAUUUUUGUUAAGAAUUUUAGGCCUAUAAUACUUAAAUUAAAUUAAACAAAUUAGAAACGUAAGUAUUAUUUAGGUAGCCAAAAUGUUUUUUCUUAUUUUUUUUAUUUUUAUUAUUAUUAUUAUUAUUUUAUUAUUAUUAUUAUUAUUAUUAUUAUUAUUUUUAUUAUUAAUAUUAAUAUUAUUAUUUGUAUUAUUAUUAUUUAAAACCCGUAGUAAUAUUUGUACUAAAGUAAUAUUAUUGUUAUUUUUAAUUCCAUACGAUGACGAUGAAGUUUUUCAUUCAUAUUAUUUGAAUACUUGCCAAAUAGCAAUAGGAACAAUUUAAAUUUUAUAAUAAUAUCUAUUUCUUGUGCCAUACACAAUAAUAAUCAUGACAUUAUAAUAAAAUGUUUUAAUACAUGACAAAUUUUAACUACUACACGUUUACAAUAUUAUAAAUAAGAAUAUCGUUUUAAAUUUACACUUUUCUACUGAAAGUGCAUGUAUUUUCUUUUUAUAACAAAAUUAACUUUUUAUAUUCAUAAAUUAAAUGUAUCUCAAUUUAUUAAUAAAUAUACUUAUAUACGUCAUUCCUGCAAUAAUUUUGACUGUGAUUUAUAAAAUGAAUUAUCUUUAUAUAUUUUCUCAUUAUAUUUAAAAUAGUAACAUUCCAUUAUUUUAUUUUAUAAUAUAUAACUUAAGAAAAUUUUUUUUUUUUUAUGUAUACAUGUGGUUUUAUUUCGAACAAUAAAUAUUAAUGUUAUCGUACAUGUAGGCCAAAUGUAUAUCAUUUUCAUGUAUACCAACUCAGUAUUUUUAUAAGUUUUUUUUUGUUCGUAUCUGUUUUGUAAAAUUAAUGAAAAUUAUUUAUUCCUAAUGAAUUGUACAUUUAUAAUUGAUAUAUAUUAUAUAUAUUUAUUUAUAUGUAUGUAUAUACAAUAUACAAUAUACAUAUUAUAUAGACACUAGAUAUCGAUAAAUAUAUACAUAUAUAUAUAUAUAAAUAUAAUGUAUAUAUAUUUUAUAUACAUUUUAUAUUUUCAUAUUAGCUUGUUUUUCCUUAAAUCCCAUUUGUGUGUGUAUACUGUAUAUUAUGCUUACGAAGAUAUAUAUAUAAUAUAUGUACCAAUACAUAAAAUAUAAGUUAUUAUCAUUAUGAUUUUUAUUAAAAGAAACAUAAAAUUAUUAUAAACGAAUAACGAUUAUCAUAAUAUUGUUUGUCAUAAUAAAUUGAAGUAUAAAAACAUUGUAGUAAAAGCAAUAAUCACAUAACAACAUGUAUGUGCAUUGUGCGCGUAAACCAACACUAUUUUAAAUCAUUGAAGUUCAUCCCAUAAUAGGUAUUACGCAUUAUUUCAUCGGUUACUUCAAUUUUGUACUUAAGCGACAAUUAUGUACUGGACAUAGCGAUGUUAUUAUUUAUUUUGUGUAUAUAUUUUAUGCAUUAGCAUUUUAUUUUCCAUGAAACAUAAAUAACUGGUUUGCACAUAAAACAAUGUCAAACCAUAAAAUGAUACUUAGCCUCUGUUGUCGAUAAAACAGACUAAUUCAUUUUUUAUAUAUUAAAUUACAUAUUAUUAUAUGUUUAUGUGCAGUGUUUCAAUUAAACGCUAUGAGUGUCGAGAAUAUUGGAGGAAAAUUAUAUGAAUAUUGUGAUA